ACACUUUCACCCUUUCAAACAGGCCAUGCGACAAAUAUUCAUCCACACCUUUGAAAGCUGCAUGUCCGGUGUUCACUGUGCCCUCACAGAAGCAGAGCUGGAGAAAAUGGGGAUGAGUGGGAAAACACCAGUAGGUGCGGAUGUGGGAAACUCUGUAGGGUACUGGGGGGUGAGGUGGUGGUAGGGAUGAAGCAGGGAGGGAACUGAACUAACUCCAGCCUGCCUUCUGGCUGGGCCAAUGGGCCAUGGUAAUUAGAGCUGGCCAAUGUGGGCCCUGGGCUUUGGCCUGGGGGCAUAUAAGGGGGGCCCUGGGGCAACAGACCCCUCAUAUCACUCAGAGGUCUCCCCUCUUUCACCCAGUAACUUUAUCCUCCUUCGUUCUAUUCUGGCGUCUUUUCUUUACCAAGCCAUGGAUGUCUUCUCUCCAUCCCAGCUCUACUAUGACAGAGCUUGUGCUUCUUCUCCAGACAGCCUCGACUUUGGCACCAGCAUGGAGAUCACAGGCUCCGAGGAAGAUGAGCACAUCAGGAUCCCUGGGGCCCCUCACCAGCCUGGACACUGUCUCCAGUGGGCCUGCAAGGCCUGCAAACGCAAAUCCAGCUUUGUGGACCGCAGGCGGGCUGCCACUAUGCGGGAGCGUCGGCGGCUGAAGAAAGUAAACCAUGCUUUUGAGGCUUUGAGGCGCUGCACCACAGCCAACCCCAGCCAGCGCCUUCCCAAGGUGGAGAUCCUGCGCAAUGCCAUCCAGUACAUUGAGAGUCUGCAGGAACUGCUUCGAGAGCAGGUGGAGAGCUUUUACGGCCUACCUGGAGAGAGCAGUUCUGAGCCAGGCAGUCCACUGUCCAGCUGCUCUGACAGUAUGGCUGGAAGCAACAGUCCAGUGUGGCAACACCUAAAUGCAAACUACAGUAAUGGCUUUUCAUUUACAAAGAAUGACAGUUUGGAUGACAAAGCCCUUGGCGCCUCCAGUUUGGAGUGCCUGUCCAGCAUCGUGGACCGCCUGUCUUCAGCAGAGUCCGGCUGUGGACCGGCCACUCUGAGGCACCUGCCUACCUUCUCCCCUGGUAGCUCCGAGUCGCAGCCCUGCACGCCAGAGAGCCCAGGAUCCAGGCCCAUCUACCACGUCCUGUGAAGAAAAACCCAUGCUUUGAUGUGGAUAGAUUGCCACAUCAGUUUUUUUCAGACACCAGCUGCUUUUGUUACAAAAUUAUAGUAAGAAGAGGUUUUUGUGCAAAGCAGACGAGGACAGCAAAAUCUUUGUAUUUGUAAAUAUUUGUAAAAAUGUAAUAUAACACCAAUUUAUUCUACAUGAACUAUAAUACCCAAUGUGACAUAUUUAAUGUAAUGAUGCAUUAUUCAAUUUUAAAAUGAUAUUUAAACAGCACAGUAAUGUUCUUUUUUCGCUACAUAAUUUUAUGUUUAUUAAAUAUUUUGUUUAAUCGUUUAAGGGGUUUUAGGUUUUCUAUGAAAUAUAUAUUCAUGUUGAGCAAUAUUAUCAAAGUAGGAGCAAUACUAUUAUAUCUUUUUUUGUGUGUGAUUAUCAGUCCUGAUUUAGUAUGUCUGCAAAUUUGUUGUUUGAAAGUUGAACUAAUUUCCAUUUCUUAUUAAAAAAAAAUCUAAAAUGCUCAGAUUGAGUAACAGAUUUGGACCUAACCACAGAUACUGUGGCAAAUUGAAGGACCUGGUUUAUUUAUUAUGUAGUACAGACAUAAUACGUUCCAGAUAGUCUCCGCUGUCUCCAGCUAACAAGGUUUUAGGAUCCCUUUCGAGGUCAGCUGAUACCAUUUGUCAUUUUGUGCUAAUCACUCAUGUGGCCAUUUGUGUGCGAAUCACCAUUAAAACCAUGAUUUAAUUCCUGAAAAAUAAGAAAAAUGGCCCUUCCACCAGUGAAUUAAGGAAACAAAAGGAAAUGUCCUAUUACUUUUAAGGUGCUGGUGUGGAUUUCUGCAUUUUGUGUACCUGUUUGCUCUCUCUAAGCAAAUGUGAGUCAUCAUUAGCACCCCUCAUUAUACCACCAACACUAGUGUGGAGAACAGAUGGCCUCUAAUGGUGCUUAUCGGGUGAGUGAGGAAAGGAAGGGGUCAGUGUUUUAGAUUGUGCUGCAAGUAUGCUGUAAUUUUACUAAAUGCACCACUGACAAAUUUAAAAUAAAACUUUUGGUUCCUUAAA